AUGUCUGGAGAAGCUGAGCUGCAGAUGCUGCUUGUGCUGCUACUUCUGUUACCAAUGGCAUUCAGACUGACAGCUCUUCGUGCCAGACCAACAACUGUACUUCAUAGCUGUGGAAUAAGAGACUGGCAGAAGCAGCAGCAGCUUCCCCCCAUCUCCGCAGAGACAACAGCAGCCAGCCGCUCUACUGCUACCCCAGGACCUUCGGGCGUCUCUCCAGGGUCUACCACUCAACUUCAGGGAUCAGCUUGCAAAGUGAUCGGCAUGGAAGUCCUUACAAAAUCGCCUGCUGAGCAGAUCAUUAUUCAGAAAGGGAAUGCUGGAGAAAGCAGCAGCCGAAGGAUGAAGCAUCUUUCUCAACAGCCAUCAACAUCCUCAUCCAAGGAAUCAAAAUAUGUGGAGAUUUAUGAUUUCCCAGGAGGGAGGGGUGAGAGUCCUCAGACUGUAAAACUGACUUUGGCAGGGAAUGGAAGUAAAGUGGCCUUUAUCAGACCUAAAAAUGGAUCUUGUGGGAUCAGUGAGGUUAACAGACUGGCUAACAAUAUGCUGGCAGACAAAUCUGAAAAUCAAGAGUCCCAGGAUUAUAAAUCUAAAAUGGAAGGCUCUCCUUCUCCCAUGGGGAUGAAAGCUGAUGAGAAUCAUCUUCAUCCUCUAGUCCUUCACCAGUCCAAAAUACAGGGUGCUUUCCAAAAAUGGAUGAUGUGGGAACAGGGGGGAAAAACCUCCUCUUCUUCAUUUGGAUAUGACAGUGAUGAAGACGAUGAUGCAGAGUGUAAAGAAAUCUGUCUGAGUAACCAGAGGGGAGAAUGUCGGCGUGCUUCACAACUGCUGCAGUCACAACACAGCUAUAGCAGUGAAAACAACAGUAAUAAUGAUGAAGCACAUUAUAUUACAACCCAUGAAAUCCAGCUUAGUGAAGUGGACCAUGACAUGGAUUUUGACUAUGGAUUAGCCUCCCGGUGGGACUUUGAGGACAACAAUGUGAUCUAUUCCUUUGUGGAUUAUGCUUCUUUUGGGAGUGAAGAGACUCUUGCAGACACACAGACAGAAGAAGACAAUAGUUGUUAUCUCAGUACAACCACUAGCGAUCCCAAUAAUCAGACAGACAGUAUCGAUAAUACCAGCAGUACAGAGAUAGUCAGCAUUAAUUCUGAAAACGAUACCCCCAUCACAGACAAAUGCACCAGCUCGGAAGAAAGUCAGUCCAAGAACCUCAGCAACAUGAGUGAGAAUUCUGCAGGCCAGAUACUCCUAUCAAUCAAACCAACUUCCAGGGCUAUAAAUGAGCCUAGCAACCAGCCCAAAAAGCAAAACAUUAUUUAUGCUGCCAAGCAUGAAGGCGACAUGAGUGUCUGUGUCUCUACAGCUCAUGAACAAAAUUCAAGUUUAAAACAAGAUGUGUUUCAUGACUAUGCAAAAAAAUUUAUUGCAGUACCUGCACGCUUGCAAACAAAGUGUGGAGCCAUAAGAGGAAGAGAAUUGGGAGGAUAUUCAAGUGGUGCUUCCAGCGUGGUAAGUGAGCUGGAUGAUGCAGAUAAAGAAGUAAGAAGCCUAACAGCAAGGGCAUUCCGGAGCUUAGCUUAUCCCUAUUUUGAUACUCUGAACUUGAGCUCCAGAGAAUCCUCCACAUCUCUUUCAGACCAUAAUUUAGGAAUCAACCGGUGGUCAACUUACUUGGAUUUAAAGUGUGGCAGCCUUGGGCAGAAAGCAGAGCAGAAUCUUUUCAAAAGCAACACUACAUCUGCUGGAUGGAAUAGAAGUACUGGGACUAAAACCUCCACUGACCAGUUCUAUAUUCACUCUAAUAAGUCACAGACUAAAGCAUUGGAGUUUGUUGUCAGCAAACUUGAUGGGGAAAUAACACAUGUUGAAACACCACCUUGCUUUGAAAAACGGAUCCAGUCAGGAUCCCGGGUUGUUACUUUGUUGGAGACUUUGAAUUUCAGCAGCAACAUUAAUGCGGGAGUCCACAGACUUGCUAAACCUUCUGAAAAUACUACUGUUGGAUCAAGUUGCACAGAUGAAGUUACAGACACACUGUCUAAGGAGCUGGGCAAUGAAGCCUGCAAACAAUCUGAGUCAGCUGCAGAAACCAUGGACGGCACACAGAAGAAAUCAAAAUUUGCAUCUAGUCUCCUCAAAAAUGUCAUCUCAAAGAAAAUGCAACUGGAGCAUGAAUUCAAAAUGGAAAGGGGAGAGAUCACAGACACCACAUAUUCUGGUAUGUCCAAUUCCUUAUCUUCUAAAGAGGUAGAUGGUAACUCCAAAGAGAAAUUAAGGGAUACAGGUUUGCAAAGACAGAAUUCUAGAUAUUCAGAAGGCAGCUCUGAUUACACUAUUGUAACAGGAGAUGAUCUGGGGGAGUUUUUUGAUAGCAAAUCACCUACUUCCAAGGCGUCUACUCCCCGGGAGGGAAAUAUUAGCCUGGAUCGAUCCUUUUCUGAAACAUUCUUAGAAGAGGCAUGCAAAAUAAAAGAGAGUGCUUCUGAAACACUCAAGGCAACCUUUCUCCGUAGUCAAAACAGUGCAUUUAGAACGUGGAAAGAAAAAGAAGCAGAGAAAAAGGAGGAAAAAACACCUGUGGGAAAACUGAAAAUUUCAUCCAAAGGUGACUGGAAAGCUGAUUUGGGAGAAAUCUCAGCCAGCAAAUCAACCAAAAUGUCUCGUCUCUUUGUCCCAAAUAUUCAACAAACAUCCAAAGAAAAGCAAUCCAGCACACAGGUGACAAAAUACUCCACAGCAACCAGUGCAACAGCUCAGACAGCUAUUGCCACCACAAUGGUAAAGCACAAACCGCCUGAGAUCAAGAUCAGCUUGGGCAGCGUGCAGCAGAAUAAAGAUAAUCCUUUCAAUAUUGCCAAGCUUCUCACACCCAAGAUCACUGGAAGUGUACCAAACUUUUUAAAGACAGUUGAUGAUACCAGAUGUCAGCAGCAAAAACAAUUCAAAGGGGAAACUAUGGAUAAAGUGCCUCAGUUUCAAGUACGUGAUGUCAGAGAAAAUAAGGCUAAGGUCCAAGGGCCUAUCCAUCAGGUAAGAGAUGUCAGGAAACUAAUCAAAAGUAACUAUGGCCAUGAGUCAGGGGAUAACAGUGAUAGGGGCAGCGUCAACUCUGAUCAGGGAACCUCUGAACAGAAACCAAAGCAGCUGGUGACAGCAGGCAUUCCCAGGUCUCUUUCUCCUAUGGUGAUAACUUGUCAAGCAGUAAGCAAUAUCAAGGAGGACAAGAAGGUCAGCAAGACUUCUGACAUGGAGGCCAAAGCAAGCAGUGGAGGCAAGAUGCUGUCUUCAAACCAAGAGGGGACAAUCCUGGUGCACAGAACCUCAGGGAGGCUACCUGUGGCAACUAUUGCUCCUAACAAAAGUGACCCUCAUCAGCCUGCUGUGCUGAAGAUAGUCUCCAAAACCUCUGUGCCUUGGAGGCAGCAAGCACAGCCAGCACCACAGCCUCAACCAUCAACACCAGAGAAGAGCAGCAAGGUAGGGCCAUUGAUGGCUACUGGAGAAGAAGAAACUUCACGAGAUGAAGCAGCCAAGGCAUCUGUCACAGUAAACCACCAAGCACUGGAGAAACUUACGGCAGCAGUUCGGAGUAUGGAGGAACUCUACAGCUUCCACAAAAAUGAGUGGAAGCGCAAGAGUGAUCCACUGCCCAUAACUGACAGCCAUGUUCUUUCUCUCAUCGCAAGUGAGGAACGGAACAUGGGAGCCAUGCCUUGUGCCAGGGAAGAGUCAAUGGCAGGUGCCAAGGCUGACGACCAGAUGACAGGUCAGACAACAUCCCCCAGCAGCAUCACCAACAGCAGAAGUGCCCCAGAGCGCCAACCCAACAGCAGAGCCACCAACCCCACCAAGAAUGCAGAGAAGGUCUCAGCCAAGAUGGCUGCCUUUGAGAAUAUGGCACUGUCUCAGGAGCGACCACGUGGCCCCGGCUUCCGUAGGGAGACAAUGACCACUGCCACCACAGCAGCUCAGGAGAGAGGCAGAGCCCCAGUGGUCCCUCGAAGCACUUUCACCUUCAAUGCUCAGGGCCAGAAGGCCAAACAGAAGCAGCCAAAAGAGUCUUCUCCUUCCCCCCCACCAAGAGGCCUCAAAGGCCAGGGCAGGCCUCGUUCAAUCAAACUGUUUGGGGACAGGCAGGGGAGCCUUGUGGAGGCUGAAAAGGGCUCCAAGCUGGCAGCUCCGGACUGUGGGAAUUACUUGGCCAUCCCUCUCAAGGCAUCCUCUGUGGAACAAACAGGAACAGCUCCCUCAGGAGAUGGGGGUAGUCACUCAGGCAUAGUCUCUGCAACCUCAGCUGCAGCCGCACUAUGCAGCCAACAGUCCUACAACUCAGGGAGAAACCAGGUCAGCAGCAACCAGGCUAAGGUGCAACAGCAGCCUGAAGAAAGCACAAGUGGCCUUGCGACAGGUAAUCAUCAGGCUCCUUCUUUGCAACAGCAGCAACAGCCACUGCCUCAGGCAACAGCUGCUGCACCUCAACUUGAAGUGCCUCCUGCACAAUUUUUCCCCCAGGCUUUAUCUCUUGCAGCUGCUGCAGCCGCCUUGACAGGGGCAGCCCAGCCAGCACCCCUGCUCUGCUUCUCACCUCCCAUGCCCACAGCGUCUGCUGAAACCUCUACUUUUUCACCACCUCAGACGCAGCGCAAAGUACUCCUGGACCUGAGCACAGGCCAGUGUUAUGUGGUAGACACACCAGUGCAGCCUCCACCACCUCAGAAGCGACGCCUCUUUGACCCAGAAACAGGACAGUAUGUGGAAGUGCCCUUGCCUGUCACCCAGCCACCUCCUGCACCAGCAGCCAUGGCUCCCAUGACCCUCCCCAUGACACUAGGCCCAGCAGCAGCAGCAGGAACCUAUGGCACUCCAGCGGCUGCCUAUAUGAUCUACCCGGGCUUCCUACCAGCUGUUUUGCCUGCCAGCACCUUGCAGGGCCAGCUGGUCCAGCAUUCUAGUGGUGACCUCAGUGCCAUUGCCUCAUCCAGCCCUGGAGCUGACAGCCCUUACUACAUGCCUACGGGCAAAGGUACACAACAGCAGCAGCAGCAGCAUCAUCAACAACAAACAGCUCAAGGAGAGGGGAAGGCACCACUCAUCAGCAUUACCUCGCAACCACUGGGCCCCAGGAUCAUUGCCCCACCAUCUUUUGAUGGCACCACUAUGCGCUUUGUUGUGGAGCAUCGGUGAUGGAGAGACAGCUGAGGACUGCUUCUGCGAGUGCUGCUGCCAUGGGCACAAAGAACAAGAAUUUAUCUCCAUUAAUCUGAAAACAACUUGUUAAUGCUAAAGUGUCAUUUAAAAAGCUGCUUCAUAU